UACACGCUGUACUGUAUAUCUAUAAUCUACUUGUGCAGCAACCACUGUAGUUGUCGUCACUGACGAACUCUACAUCUCCAGGCUUUCCCAAACAGCGACCGUGCAGUUUCCAUCGUGCCGUGCUGGAGAUCCAUGUGCCAUACUAAUCAUUCGGCAGAUAUCUGACGAUGCUGACGUGCAGAUGGAGGAGCCAGCCGAGUGUCGGUCAGUGGCUAGCAUUUUUCUCGCUCCUGCCUGCGCAGCUGCACCUGACUGCGGGAUGUCCUCGUACGCAGCGGCCGCCGUCAGUCAACGCCCAGCAGCGACCAGCGGGGCCUGACUGUAUAUGCUGCUGCCGUUGAUUACGCGCCGCGGCGAUGUACUGGCCCCGCUGGACACCUAUUACCUGACCGUCAGCGAGGGCGAUUACGUGGCGGUCCCGUGCCACAUCCGGCUGCCGCUCCCGGAAGGCAUCAUCCUCAAUCUGCGCAACCACGUGAUGUGGGUCCACAACGGGUGGAUCGUCCGCUGUCCCGCGCAGGUGCCCUACGGGGCACUGAUGCCGUCCACCAUCAGAUCGUCGCGGGACGUCAGAGCCGACUACGAAUGGGCCACGAACCGCCCCGGACAGCUCGUCUACGCUCGAUUACGCUUGCGGGCCGUCACCCGGGACGAUGAGGGGUACGUCCAGUGCCUGUUCCGGCCGCACCAGGGGAUACAUGAGUGGAUUGUGCAGACGACGGUGCUGCAGGUGUUGCCCAAGAAUAGCACGCAGUAGCGUCAGGGUACGCAGACGUUGACUAAUUGUUAUAUAUAUGGGCCGAUGCUGUUUGUGGCGCUGGAGGCAGUGCGGGGGGCGGGGGUGCUGCUG